AAUACAUCACUCAAAUACAAUACUUUCAUCAAAUUUCAUCACUGUGAUACCUCAUUCAUCACUUGAAGAGUACGAGAUAUCGGCAUACGAUAGGAUAAAGAAAUUACAUCGUAUAUGAUCUUAUCACUUCAAUAAAUCAGUCAUCAUGGUUGCUGUUACUGGAGUUAUUACUGCUGGUGGUAAGUCCUUGCAUUUUAUGACUAUAUUCUUUCCCUGAUGAAAUCUUACAUUCCUAUAUUCAUCACUUGAUGUGUAUAUGGUGUCGGUGUGGUACUACUUAUCUGUGUUUCACACCGUUACCUUUCUCUUCUACAUCCUCCAUCACCACUCACAUCACUUCACUUAUCCUAUCCUCUUCACCCCUUCCCAUCCUCCACCAUCCCUUCAUCACUCCUCCUACUCGCUCCCAUCUUCCACUCAAACUAACACACACCUACAGCCUCAGCUCUCGGUCUCGCCGCCGCUCUCGCAUCCAUGCAUCUUCCCGCCAAAAACUACCGCGUAGAACGUACCCGUCGACUCUCCCAACCAGCCGACCAAGACCAAGGUGAAAUGACACGAUUGGCAUUACAAAAAACCAACUCUGCUGGUUCUAUCACUGAAAAAACUAAGGGUUCUUUCCAACCUGGAAAGAAAGUCUUGGGUCGGGUUAAGGAAUAAGUGAUGGGAUGGAUGGAUAUGGUGUUGGGGUUUAUGAUGGCGAUGGAUAGGGAUAUGGAUACGGAUACUGGCACUGAUAUGUUACUAUGAGUUUAUGAAUGAGUAGCUACCAGGCUGUCUCAAAUGGGUAUGAUAGUAUGAUGGUGCGAUGGAGUUUAAUUUGCUUAUUGUUGCUUUGGGUUUUACCUUUUUUUCACCUACCUACAUAUAUACAUACAUACUUACAUAUUACAUGGGGAAAGUCUAGAAAUAGAUAGAUUUCUUGAUUGAUAGUUUGGAGAUGGAUGUAAUUGAUAUCACUCAUUUUUCUGGGAUUGGGAUUUAGGAUGGAUAUGGAAUGAGAAUGAAAUUAACACAUACUCUGCACAUAA